AUGAUCCUCCUGCUCCCUCUCCUUGCCACCCCAGUGGUGUGCAGCAAUGGCCUUGGAUCUCUGGCUUGUGACCUGUCUCAGAAUUCCCCCAUGCUUAGCAGGAAACCUUUAGUGCUCCUCUGUGACCUGGGUAAACUCAGAACUGUACUCCAUCAGCAGCUGGAACACCUGGAGACCAGUUUGGCAGAAGUGGGAGAGCAAGAAUCUGCCUUGGCUACUGAGCAUGUGAAAGUGGCCUUAAAGAAAUACUUCCAGAGAUCCCAUCUCUGCCUGGGAGCGAAGAAACACAGCGGGUGUGCCUGA